CAGCUCUCAGUCGGAUGUUGUGAAGAACAACAGGGACGCAGCAGAAGAGACGCGAUGGCAUCGUCCAGCCUUUCCUCCAGAGUUUGUGCAGCUGUGAAGUAGCUGGAAACCUGACGAGAAGUCAGCAGUAAGUAUUGGACGUAGUGUCAGCUGAUGUUUAAGCGAGUAGCUCGCUGGUGAAGUACAGUCAGCGGUCUGUGUCCAGGUGGGAGCGCCGGGCAGUGUUUCCAUGGCCGUCGGCUGAUGGGCGAAGCGAUGCGGCACCACUGGCUGCUCCUCGGGGCUUGCGGCUGGGUGCUGCUCAUCCUCAUGUUUGUCAGCAAGUUCAUCAGCUUCAGAGCUGUAGACGACUAUGGAGAGAGGGUUGGUGGUGCGAGUUGGACAGUGCCAGGCACCAAGGUGGUUAAACCCAUUCCUGUCUCCAGCCCAGAAAAAACAGUCCCAAAGCCAUCUGAUCAGCCCUCAGCCGUACCCACAGUGGCAGACUGGCAGUCAGUCGCUGAGAGGCGGAUCGAGUUGCUGUCAUCUGUGUGUAAGAACAGCAGCCUCAGGAAUUUGACUCACGUCUCCAUCAGCAAGUUUGUCCUGGACCGCAUCUUUGUCUGCGACAAACACAAGAUCUUAUUCUGCCAGACGCCCAAAGUGGGCAACACGCAGUGGAAGAAGGUCCUCAUUGUGCUCAACGGAGCUUUCUCCAGUGUGGAGGAGAUUCCAGAAAACCUCGUUCAUGACCAUGAGAAAAACGGCCUGCCCCGUCUCUCAUCACUCACGCCGCAGGAAGUUACUCACAGAUUAAACACUUACUUUAAGUUUUUCAUCGUGAGAGAUCCCUUCGAGCGCCUCAUUUCUGCAUUCAAAGACAAGUUUGUGAAGAACCCACGCUUCGAGCCUUGGUACAAGCAUGACAUCGCUCCCGCCAUCAUCCGUAAGUACCGCAAGAGCCACCGCGACAGCGACCUCGCCGCCUCGGGCCUGCACUUUGAGGACUUUGUCCGUUACUUGGGUGACGUGGAAGGGCGCCGCCGCAUGGACCGGCAGUUCGGCGAGCACAUUAUUCACUGGGUGACUUACGCAGACUUGUGCGCGCCGUGUGAAAUACACUACAGCGUGGUGGGCCACCACGAGACGCUGGAGCAAGACGCCCCGUACAUCCUCAAAGCAGCGGGCAUCGACCAGCUGGUGUCCUACCCAGCCAUUCCUCCAGGCAUCACCCGCUACAACAGGACCAAGGUGGAGCACUACUUCUCAGGCAUCAGCAAGCGGGACAUCAGGCGCCUCUACGCACGUUACCAGGGUGACUUCCACCUGUUUGGUUACCCGAUCCCAGACUUUCUACUGAACUAAAAUGAUUAACACUGACUAAAAGACAUGUUUUCUUAUAACUUCCUCGGUUUACUGAGACGGAGGUGGAUCGUAGCUGACUGUGUGCCACAGAGCUGGUGUGUCGCACACUGUAACUUAUUAGCAAUGACUGAAAAGUGCUGCCUAAUAUUCAUAUAUUUAACAGUUUGUUUUUAUGGAGAGAGUACGGAAACUUGUGUCACGAUACAGCGAAGAGAGAAAGAAAGAACAUUGAACAAAAACGUGGGAUGCGAGUACAAACAGCACAGUCACAUAAUGAGAUUCAGCAGUUCAGAUAAAAGCUGCAGAAUUUAUGUGUGUGUGUGUGUGUGUGUGUGUGAGGGGGGGGAUGAGUUAAAUAAUCAAAUACAGGUCAAUUAGAGAACUCAUUUGCUAUGUUCUAUUUAAUGUUAAUGACUUAUUUCUGUGCUCUGUAAUGCCAGGGAUACAGGCCCGUUAACCCUGUAUUGUAGCUAUUCUACUGCACUGUAUGGAUCACCGGUUUCAAUGAUUCAUCCUGUCGAGGUAAACUGCGGACAGCUGCGUUUUGACAUGUCGUGUCUUUUCUGGACUUCUUGCCAUCGUGCUAGGGAGCAGGGGAAGACUGUUUCAGGGAUGCUCAUAUUUUCUGACAAUGAGAGUGAACGGCAAGAAUAUAACUGGAUAUUGAUGUUUUUCAUUGAUAUUUUUAUGACUUGCAAUUCAGCGUCAGCUUUUUGCAUUUUUUAGCAUUUUAUUUCUUUGCUUUACAUAAAGUCAUAUGAGUGUCAGUAAAGUAAAUUACUCUUGAAAUAUCACAAAAUGGCACCAAAAUGAAAUCAAAAAUUGAACUGGUACUGAAUUGAAGACCGUAGUCCUGCCCUGAUCCAUACUGUAGCCAUUGUUCUGGUUCUGCCUUUACUAAAACUGACAGUAUCAGAUGCUUCUGACUCCAUUUUAUUCAGCUGCUAAUUGCACUGGAACAUUGAAGGAAACUGGCACUGGAUUUAAAAGGGUCAUUUUUCUAUCAGAAACGUACUGUGUAAAUGUUCUUAACAUGACUUGCAACUCAACAUUUGUAUUACAUGUUGCUAUUUAUAAUAUUAUUAACCUGCUGGCUGGUGGCACGGGCGGUGCCUGGGUUGUAAAUGACAGCACUGCCUCCCUGCAGCCGCCUGGUGACCUUUUGGACAGGUGGUUGUAAAACAAGGACAACACUAGUUAGUAAUAAAGUUCCAUGUGAAAUCAGAAAGAGAA